AUGAAUGCUUACAUCGUCAGUGCCUGAUCUAUGAUUGGACUGAGUACCUACACCAUGUAUGCUGACUUCCCACUCCUUCUGCCCUUGCUCAUCACCCAUCCACACCGCCCGACCCGAAUCAAUCGAAUCAACCCACCCGUCGUCAUCGUCGUCAUCGGACCAACGCUCCCUCCGAAUCUGGCAUUACGCCCACCAGGUCGCCUUCAAGAAACCGGAAGAUCACCCUACCGCGACCGACGAUCAUAUUUCCGAAUUGUCCAAGAGGGUCGAACAACAAGGUGGAGAGUCAGUCUUCUUCACUAGGCGAUGCUACAUCUCCAAUGAACCAAUCGAGUCGAGGGCGGAGCCCCACUGCUCACCCGGUCCCUUUGGAGCGAGCGCCUGGUUCGGGUCCGAACGGAAGCGCUCAUUCUUUAUUCGAGUUGGUUCGUUUCAGGAUCAAGCACGUGUACAGCUCAAGAACGAUGCGAGGUUUCGCCGCGACGAUGCCCGAUGCGCUCAAGGACGAGUUCGAGGCCAAUCCUGCGAUCAAGUGAGUGCUCAAGUUCGAUCGAGGGAUGGGUCUCGAUGGCUCCGAUGGCUGAUCUCGUCGUUCGAACCGCAUUUAGGUAUGUCGAGGCCGAUGGUCCUGUUACGACGCAGUAG